AUGUCUGGAAAUACGUCACCGUCGAGUUCCAAAAUAUCAAAACGAAAGCUCGUCGAUGACGAUGAAGACAAUUCGAUAACAACGAAGAAGAACCGAUCUGAUGAAGACUCGUCAAUUAGCAGCAUUUCAUUCGCUCUUAAAACUGGUUAUUUUUACUUUGUGAAGGUUUCGUCUGUACUUGAAUGCUUUAACGAGAACUGCUUCUCUCUUAAAGAUGUUUUGAAUUUCGUUAUGCCAGAGGAAUCACUGCAUUUCAAUUUUAUGAUCGAAGUCGAUUGGCUUAUCGAAAACUUUAGGCAAUAUCCAGAAUCGUGUCGUCAGACGCCAAUCAACUUGGUUGUUGGUGAAAAAAUGGGAAGUGAUGCAGCUUCACUUCGAAGAGAUAUCAAACUAUUGAAGCUCGAUAACAUACAAGUUUCCGGCGCUCAUCUCCCCAUACCGUACGGAACUCAUCAUACAAAGUUGUCUCUGCUUAAAGUGAAAGACGAACUGCAUAUCAUUGUAUCUACAGCAAAUUUGGUCAAAGGUGACUGGCAAGAAAAGACUCAGAUGUUUUAUUAUUGCAAGGCGAAACUAGAAAAUGGCGAGGGAAAUCAAAGUUGUAACUUCCAAAACGAUCUCAGCGAAUAUUUGAAAAUGUAUAACCUUCCAAUUGUUGCACCUUGGAUUAAAUAUAUAGAGCACGCGGAUUUUGGCGAUAACAAUGAUCACUUCAUUUAUUCUUGCCCUGGAUAUCAUAAAAAACCGACGAAGGACAAGAUGGCACAAUUGGGUUUGCGGAAUGCGCUCAAAGAAAGGACUUUGGACCCCAACGCUUUGUACAUAGCUCAAUGCAGUUCUAUUGGAUCUCUUGGACAGAAACCCGAUCAAUGGUUUUUGUCCCAAUUUUUGAAUUCUCUUCGUGGCGGUCGAACAAAAGGUUCAACACGAGUCUAUCUCGUUUACCCAACCAUACAAGAUGUUCAGCAUUCAUAUGAAGGAUAUAGUGCUGGCGGAAGUUUGCCGUAUCAAUCGAAAACCCACGAAAAACAAACCUGGUUAAGAGCUCACUUAUGUAAAUGGCGCUCUGACAAGCGUGGACGCAAUAAAGCCAUGCCUCAUGUCAAGUCUUACUGUGAAAUAGGAGCAGAUCGAGAAUUGAAAUGGUUACUGAUAACAUCUGCAAAUCUUUCAAAAGCUGCUUGGGGAGAAAUCCAGAAAAACGGUGAACAAUUGGCUGUGAGAAGUUGGGAAGCGGGCGUUUUGGUACAGGAUCCAUCUCGAUGUGGUUUGCCUUAUGACUAUCCGAUUUGUCGGUAUAAAGACGGAGAUCAGCCAUGGAUCGUUGACAAGAAUUACAAGGAUUUUGAUUCUCAUGGUCGACAAUGGAUUUACGAUCAACAA